UAAACAAUAACACAGCUGAUUACAGAAAAAAAUAUAAUUAUUUAUUUUGUUAAUUUUGUAGUUUGUUUAGCCUUGUGUAAUACUUAUUUUUUAAUGGCAUUAUCUAUAUUGUUGCUAAAACAGUCUUAAAGGAAAUAAACUUAAUGCUAAGCAGUAUUAAAAAGGUGCUCUAUGUAAAAACACCUUUCAUCUAAAAAUAAACCAACCUCUUUUUCACUUGAAUUGUAUUAGGAGUCUGCUAAUCGGAAUGUGAUUUUGUAAAUCUGAUGAUAUCAGACUUCCUAAAAUGGGUUCUUUGUGGACUACAAUAGCAGCUGAUCUUCAGCUUGUAAAUCUUUGGUUUGAGUCUUACCACUAAAUCCUCAAAAAACAGGCACUGUUCUUGACCAAUGUGCCUAUUUCUAAAUCUCGAUUACAGCAGUCUGACAGGACAAAGUGUUUGCACAUAGUCAUUGUCAUUGAUGGGGAUCUGAAAUUUGAGGAUAAUAUACUGGGUGUUUGCUGGAAACUGUCUGAAGCAUGUUAUGCCAUCAAGGUGGCUACUCAGGAGCUGGAAGUUGAGUUUGGCAGGUGAUGAACCACUUUAUUAUAACUAGCAACAUUAGUCAAAAUUACAUGAGGCCAUAUUGAUGGAAAGAUGAGUAUACUAUUUAAAAAUGAUACAGGAAUGUUAAUAUCAACGGAGCAAUAUCUAAAUUCUUGCUCACAAAUGCCAGAUAAUUCACCUAAAAUUAACAAACAUUUAUUUGACAUUUUUUCACCCUAUGCCACAUUGACAAAAAAAAGAAAAAAGACGAAUUUAAAAGAAAUGGAGGUAGAACCAAAGUUCCUUGAAUUUGAAAAGGAAGUUUUAUUUGUGGAGCAAGAGUAUACACAAUUAGUUUCUUUGCUUAGAAAACAGGGAUACUUUAAAAAUUUAGAACAUCAAAAUUUGGAUGUUAAAAAUGUGAAAGCACUAGAGGCAGCUGAUACUGUCUAUACAGAAUCAGGCAAACACCUAAUUAAAAACGCUCUGGGAUCAAAUUUUGGUCCGACAACAAUUAAAUAUUUGCAAAAUUCACGGUAUAUGUUUCCAGAAAAUAGUGAAUUUUUUUGUAAAGAUGUCACAGAAAUCGGCGAGCACUUAAAAAAUAGAAGUUUUGACUUGGUACUUCUUGAUCCUCCAUGGUGGAAUAAAUAUAUUCGCAGAAAAAAACGAAAAUGUGAAUAUGGAUAUGAGAUGAUGUACAAUUGCGAUUUGAGAGAUAUUCCCAUUGAAAGUUUGGUCACUGACGCAGGAGUUGUGGUUGUAUGGUGUACAAAUUCACCACAACAUUUGAAAUAUUUGUUGGAGACGAUCUUUCCAAAAUGGAAUAUCAAUUUUCUUUGCAAAUUUUAUUGGGUAAAAGUUACAGUAUAUGGUGAUCCAGUUUGCAAGUUUUCAAAACCUCCAGGUAAACAACCCUUUGAGCAAAUUAUAAUAGGAGUUAGAAAUAAGGAUCUAAAGGCAAGGUUUGAUAACAGUAGCAAACUGCUAAUUAGUGUUCCUAGUUCAAUACAUUCUCACAAACCACCUUUAGUUGAAGUUUUACAACCAUUUUUGCCGAAAAAUCCAAAAUGUUUGGAAAUCUUUGCUAGGUAUCUUUUGCCAAACUGGACAAGCUAUGGAAAUGAAGUCUUAAGGUUUCAGCAUGAAUCUUUGUACUCACUUUGUUAAUAAUAAAAAUUUUAGCAAAUUUUAUUUAUAAUACUAUUUACUUACAGGCUCUGAAGGCGCUCUAAUAAAUUGAAAUGUUGACUGUCAUCAAAAA